UAGCUCCUAGCCUGGGAACUUCCAUAUGCCAUGGGUGCAGCCCUAAAAAGACAAAAAAAAUUUACAAAAACUGGGGUGGGGGACAUGGGCCAGAGGACAGAGUGCUACAGGGCUGGUUACAAGGUUGUGGGGCAUCUGGGAGGAGGGAAUGGAGGAGGAAACAGAGAGAAAGGGAGGGAGAAAGAGAGGUACAGAGAAACUAAACAUCCCGGAUUCUGUAGUUCGCCAUGGGUCAGACACUGGCCUGCAGUUGAGAAGGAAGAGUCUUAAUGAUUCAUUCCUGAGAAUUUUAUGCCAGGUCCCUACUCUGGGGCAAAAGCAGUCUCCUCUGGGCACCUUACACCUCCUGAGUUAUGUAAGUGGCACCACGCUGAAGCCAGAGAUAAUAAGAUCAGAAGAGCCCCAGACCGUCCCUCCCCUGUGGCGUGGUGCCUGGCACAGCGAGAGGCACAUAUAAGUCCAUCCUUCCUGAGUGUCCAUUGAAGGAGAGAGGCUUCAGCCCCCAAGAGCCAUGGCCCACGCCCUUCUCCUCCAGCUUCUUCUGCUUUCAGCCCUGGCAGCCCCCUCCCAAGGCAACCGCCUCGGCCCCACCUCGAGUCUGCGUUAUUCUAGGUUCCUAGAUCCUUCUAAUGUCAUUUUCCUGCGCUGGGACUUUGACCUGGACGCUGAGAUCAUCGCUUUUGAGCUCCGGGUCCGGACAGCUGGCUGGGUGGGCUUGGGCAUCACCAAUCGCUACACCAGAGCAGGCAGCGAUCUGGUUGUCGGAGGGGUCUCGCCUGACGGUCAUGUCUAUUUCUCGGUGAGUCAGAGGGUGAAUCCCUCCUAAGCACAAGGGUCUCUGGCUGGGUGGAGGAUGGCUCCAGGUCCAAGAAAGAUCCAUAUUUUCCAAACACAUCCAGGCACCAGCCCAGAACACCACCUGACAGUUGGCUUCUCCCGACAGAAAUGGUCCACUGGAGAGUUUCAAUCUCUAGGGUCUUUCGUGAGAUGAGAUGGCAUAGACGUUGCCCCUGGGAGUCCUUCUCGCUCCUUGAGUUCACGGAAGUCUGCAUCAUAUGUUAGACUCUUUCAGUGGCCGACAGCAUUUGAUUC